UGUGUGAACUUGAUGGUAAAAUAUCAUGGAAAAAUUAUGUUUUUAAAAGGUGCCCUAAGUGUAUAAAAGCUGUGGUUUCGCAUGAUGUGUUUGAAGUACAUAAUACAGUUUAUGUGUCUGUACUUGCGUGUUUUUGACACUUCAAACUACUUACCAAUCUCGACUAGUAAUUUCUGUUAUUUAAGCAAUGACUAAACAAUCACCUCUUCAUACCGGCAUUUCCAUGAUGGCCUGUAAACGGCGUGAUUAGCACAUUUCCAUCAUAUUUUUUUAAUAGUAGCCUACUCGCGCCCCGAUUUCCUGCACGCGCUGGAACGUUGCGAGCGCAAGGAAAGUACGCGGAAGCUCGUGAACGCGUUUGUUCCGCUCCCUCCCUGUCAAUCAAAACGGAGAAACUUUGGCCAUGUCACAAUCCAAGUGAUUUAUUGUCACCGGCCCUAAAGAGAAGUUAUUAGUCUUGCGUUAGUCACUGAUAUGGACGGACGCGCGCCAGGAGCAACUGUGAACACGAGCGCAGGGCGCGUGGUCCCUCGCAGCGGCUGGAAGGCUGUGGAUCCUCUGGUUAGGACUGAAAUGAAGGGUCCAGCUCAGACAGCGAUCGUGCACCACACCGCACUCUGGUCCUGCGUCCAGCCGCGUGACAGUCUCUCUCAACUCGCGCACAUCCAGAACAUGCACAUGCACGAGCGGGGAUUUGACGAUAUCGGUUACAAUUUUCUGAUCUCUGGAGAUGGGACGGUGUAUGAAGGACGCGGAUGGGGAGUUGUAGGAGCCCAUGCAAAAGAACACAACUUUGAUUCUGUUGGCAUCGCCUUCAUGGGAAACUUUAAUGAUGAAAUGCCCACUUGUGCGUCACUGACUGCUCUGCACAGACUUCUGCAUGUUGGACAGCUUUACGGACAUUUUCGGCACGAUUUUGUGCUCGUGGGACACAGAGAUGUGGCAAAAACUGAAUGUCCGGGGGAACAUUUAUACUCCGCACUACCCAAACUAAAAGACCAAUUAAAAACCCCGGACUGACCCUUUCCAAACAUAUUUGUUGCUUCGAAUCCCUGCUGUAUUUAUUGCAGUGUGUGAAUGUAUAUAGUUUUCUGUGGUUGUGUAUUAAAGGAAUUGAACGUGUUUAUUUUGGUCUCAGUUCUGUGUGUGUAUGUCCACUUCCCUAAUAGGAUACUCGUUCAAAUUUAGAGUAUUUUAAAAGGCAUGUGAGCUUUAUUAGAGCCCCCUGGUUACUGAAAUUUUCCCAUGUAAUGUGUCAUAUCAUGGAUGUUGGGCUAGUUUGUAACUAAUUUGGAUGGACUCAUAAGCAUAAUCUGAGAAUUAGAUAGGUAAACCAAUGAAAUUCAGAAGCGAAAAGAUUUGUUUUUUAAAUUAAUUUAGUCAGUAAGAUGUUAGGCCUAUUUAAUUCUGUGAAUGGUUUUGUUAUAUAUAGGAUCAGUCUGAAUUUUACGUGUCAAAUACAUAAAUAC